AUUGAAAUAUUUGAAAAAAAAUGUCGUCAACAGUACAACAGGGAAGCCUCCUAAAGGCUGAGCUUGAUAUCAGUACAAAGCUCAGCAAUUUGGAAGAAAGGGCAUCCAACUUAGAGGUAGAAUUCAGCAACAUAAUGAUGGCAGCAAGAGAUCUAGCGAAUGCGGUGAAACGGUACGUCGACAAAACUGAAACAGAGUCGAGGAGUUGGGACAUUCUAGAGAGUAUCAUAGAAGGAGAUAACAAAGUUCGCGACAUCUUGGACCACGUGAAAGUAUUCUUCAACUUUUUGUUAGCAAAGAUGGCGUCCAAGCAUGCUGAAAUCACUGACAUCAAAAUGCUGUGGCACCUAAUAGAUAAAGAGGGUGUCAAACAAGUUUUCUGCGAUGCGAUCAAGUCGUUUGGGUUCAAGGAAAGUGAAGCAGAUGAUAUCCAACUGCUAUUAGCCGUUAUGUACAAGUUACAAGUAGAUCUGGAAAGAGACACUGAAGUCAAAGACAAGACUACUGCCACAAGUGAUGACGUUGUAGGUAAGAAGCGACGCGGUGAAGAUUUUAGCGCUUACGGUAAUCAAGAUAUUUCUAAUGGAAAAAUAGAUCAACUUGGCUGUUCCGGGAACAGCUGCAUCUCAGAAAUUAGCCGUAUGGUAGGAAGUUCCAACAGUUCUGGGGAGCAAAACUCGGACGUGGAUUAUACGUCAAUACCUGUUGAUUUAAGUGACAAAGCUUCGUCAGCGGUACUGUCUUGGAACGUAGAGGACAGUCUGAAAAAUGUAACCAGACGGAUGGUAGCCAUUGUAAUAUAUACUCUCAACGUUGGUAGAGAGAACAAAGACCAGUCAAUUAUUGCCGAGAACAAGGGACAGUCAGUCACUGAAUAAUGAUAUUAACACUAGGCAGUUGUGUGUAUGCACAACUACUAGUUUGGAGGACUUUAUUCCAAAUUAGUAAUACAUAGAUCCUUUAUCUAUUUUCCCAACUGUAAACGGAAUUGUUGGUAAAAUAUUAUUUGCAUUAAUUAAUCAAUUCUAUUUCGUUCUUAUUAUUCUUACAUUUCUAUUAAAUGUCCUUAAUUUCGUUACAAAAGAGGUCUACGAAAUCGGGAAUGAGUCUUGAAUCCCUGCAAAGGCUGUAGACAAUCGGAAUGAGUACUUAUAAUAAUUGUCUUCAACAUGUGACAGGAUAUAACAUCCACAUACCUAAAAGAAAUAAAACAGAAGCGCUGUC